UAUUCUAAUGGACAGCACUGAUCUACAUAUUUAAAUAAAUAGUAAAUAUAAUACAAAUAACUGACAUCUUAGGAGUAUAAAUAAUUGACAAAAUUAUAAAAAAUAUGUUUUUAAGUUCAUAUUUUAGUUGGAGUCUGUGGUUUUGUCACAUGAUACUUGAGGGCUGAGGAGAAAAAAAAACCUUUCAGUGAAGCAGUUUUUCAUUUUAGCGAAGGGAAACCACCAUCAAACAGACAUUCAACUCAUCUGUGUCUCGUGGCUUCACCUGCAGCAUACUACUUUCAGUCAGCAUGUCUUGUGACAAAUGUAUCUCAAACCUUCUGCCAGCUGUGCUGAUAUGGUUCAUGCAUUUUAAGUGUUGCUUAUCUCAAACUGAAGAUAAUACAACCAGCAUGGACUACCAAUACGACUAUAGCACAAGUCCGGAUUAUGACAAUUUUCCUGAGCUCUGUGUCAAAGAAUCCAACCGCCAGUUCCGCCUCUGGUUCAUGCCUACCUUCUACUCCAUCAUCUGUUUCCUGGGGCUGGCAGGAAACCUACUGGUCAUCCUCACCUUCUUCUACUUCAAGCGUCUCAAGACCAUGACAGAUGUUUACCUGCUCAACCUGUCCUUUGCAGACAUGCUCUUUGCUCUUUCACUCCCCUUUUGGGCAGCCAACUCCAUGACUGAAUGGGUCAUGGGCGUUGUAGUUUGCAAAUUCAUGCAUACAAUUUACAAGGUCAGCUUCUACAGCAGCAUGUUCAUUCUCACUUUCAUCAGUGUGGAACGCUACUUUGUCAUCGCCAAGGCUGUAUCUGCUCACCGCUACCGCUCCCAAGCGGUGUUUCUCAGCAAAGUGUCAUCAGUUGCAAUCUGGGCAUUGGCACUGAUCUUCUCCAUUCCAGAAAUGAAGUACACCACAAUCAAUAACCACACCUGUACCCCUUUCACCAGCAGUUCUGACCAGCUUCGUGUCAGCAUCCAGACGAGCCAGAUUGUUUUGGCUUUUGCCCUCCCGCUCCUGAUCAUGAGCGUCUGUUACAGCAGCAUUGUCCAUACCCUUUAUCAGGCCCGUGGCUUUGAGCGGAAUAAGGCCAUCAAGGUGAUUCUGGCUGUGGUGGCCGUCUUCGUGGUGUGCCAGGUGCCUUACAACCUGGUCUUAUUUUUGAACACGCUCGUAGCAGCACAAGGGGGAACCGAAGACUGCAACUACGAGAACAGACUCCUCUAUGCCACCGACGUCACCCAGUGCCUCGCCUUCCUGAGGUGCUGCCUCAACCCCUUCGUCUAUGCAUUCAUCGGUGUGAAAUUUCGCAAUGACCUCCUGAAGCUCCUGAAGGAGUUGGGUUGCAUGAGCCAGGAGAGGUUCUUCAAGUAUACCUGCGGCAGGAGGAGGAGCUCAGCGGCUACUGACACUGAGACCACCACCACAUUCUCUCCUUAAAGCUGUUUAGCAUGGACAACCACCUGUUCAUACCUGCAGACCACACAGUAGACUGUAUAUUACAAUUAAAAUCUUAAAUAAGAUUUAAAAAAAAUGACAUGUACAUAGCAGAGGUUCUCAUAUAAAUUUCAAUGUUGUGUGGUUUUUUGUUGUUUUUAUCUCUUUGUAAGUGAUUAUUCUCAUUAUUUAAGACGAGAUGAGGCUUCUAGUUAAUUUUUUGUAUAAGCUACUGUGUUCCGCAUUUCAAGAAAUUCCUGUUGCUAAAGGUGGAGUCAGCGAUUCUCAUCCAAUACAAUUUUUGCAAAUUUCUCUUCAUGAUCCACUUCUGUGCGUGUGCUGAAAAAAAAGAAAUCCGAUGUUCAUACACUGUCCUGGCCAUAUAAAUGGGAAACAAAUAAAGUGGCUUGAAUCGAGCCACACAAUACUAUUUCAUAUGUGGUUGUGCACAGGACAGGUGAAGCAUGGAUGUAUAAAGAGAAAGGGAGAGGGAUUUUAAAUGUGGUACAUGCUAACGUUGUGAAGAAGCACUGAUGAGAGGGUUGUGCUUAAUUUGCUGUUGAGCUCAAUAUAUCAACAGUCUUUCUCCAGAAUCGCUAACUCCAAAUUUCAUGAAAAAAGAAAAUCUCAACAGCACCAAACCAUGUACAUUAAACUAAGUGAACAAACCACAGUCUCUUUUCUGUAAAAUGUAAGAUAAAUAAAUAACAUGAACAAUGACUGA